AUGGCCACAGGAGCGCUGCGAAGAGGACAGCGAACGCUGCAUACAUCGACCAUCGUCCGAUCUGCUCCCCUUGCCAGCACCGACGGCGGCUUCGUACCUCCCCUCGCUGGAAUCAAGGUCGUCGACCUCACCAGGGUUCUGGCCGGUCCGUAUGCGUCGAUGCUGCUGGCAGAUCUCGGCGCCGACGUCAUCAAGGUGGAGCACCCGGCUGCAGGCGACGACACACGAAGCUGGUCACCCCCGUCGGCGCCGCUCAAGACGCUGACCGACGCCGAGAUGGCAUCGCUUGGCCUGCCGAAGCUCUCUGCGCGGCAAAGGGCCUACUGGGACACGCUCCCGCCCGAAAGCGCCUACUUCCUGAGCGUGAAUCGCAACAAGAGGAGUAUCGCCGUCGACCUCAAGAAGCAGACAGGCCGCGACAUUGUGCGGCAGCUCAUUAAGGAAGCCGACGUCGUCGUGGAAAACUACCUGCCUGGCAAGCUGUCCACGAUGCAGCUCGGCUAUGAGGACGCCAAGGCACUCAACCCGCGGAUCGUCUAUGCGAGCAUCACGGGCUACGGCCAGACGGGGCCAUACGCCUCCAUGGCUGGCUACGACGUCAUCAUUGCCGCCGACGCUGGUCUCUUCCACAUCACCGGCGAAAAGGAGCGGCCGCCCGUCAAGAUCGGCGUGGCCAUGACGGACCUGACGACGGGCCUCUACGUGCACGGCGCCAUCAUGGCCGCGCUUCUGGGCCGGCAGCGGACGAAUGUGGGGGUGCACAUCGACGCCUCGCUGUUCGAGUCACAGAUUGCGUCACUGGCCAACGUUGCUUCGUCCUACCUCGUCAGUGGCCAAGAAGCUACGCGUUGGGGCACGGCGCACCCGUCCAUUGUGCCCUACCAGGUCCUGCGCACGGCCGACGGCAUGCUCAUGGUCGGCGCCGGCAACGACUCGCAGUUCAAGAAGCUCUGUGGCGCACUCGGUAGGCCCCAGCUGGCGACCGAGCCGCGCUUCGUCGACAACAAGUCGCGCGUCGCCAACCGCGACGUCCUCAUCCCGCUCCUCGAGGAGCUGCUCGCAGCAAAGUCCAACGACGCGUGGCUGCCCACGAUCCAGAAGCUCGGCAUCCCCGUGGCGCCCAUCCGCAACAUCCGCGAGACGUUUGAGCACCCGCAGAGCCAGGACCGCGGCGUCACCGUCGAUGUCGUCCACCCCAGAGCGGGCAAGAUCAAGAUCUCGGCCCCCGCCGUCCGGUACGGGCCAGCAAAGAUGGCCGUCAACCGACCCCCGCCCGUCCUGGGCCAGCACACCGACGAGGUGCUCCAGGAGAUGGGCUUCGGGUCAGACGACAUUGACAAGCUCCGGGCAGAGGGGGCCAUUGGCGGUUGA